AUGUCGCUACCCCGAUAUCAGACAAAUACUCCCCUGCAUCCUACCUUCAAGGAUGACAUGCUCAACACUCAUCUUGUCUACGACUACGACGCCACAGACGCAGAGGGAAACCCCGAGAAGUGGCGCUACGAAAUUUGGUUCUUCUCCGACGACCGCGUCGUCUACGCCAUUCAUGGUGGUCCCAUGGCUGGCCGUAUCAACUACCAGACCGUCGCCUACCAGUGCGUCCGUCCAGGAGAGCUAUGGCAAGUCAACUGGCUAGAAGAGACUGGAACUAUCGUCUCCCUGGUGUACGACAUCACCAAUAAAACCAUGAGCGGAAUGCUAGGGUUCUCCAAGGGCCAUUGGGAACAUGCAGAGGAUGCACAUGGUGAUAAGCGAAACCCCCAGGACUUCAACAGGUGGAAGGAACUUGCUUCAAUUGGAAAGCAGACGGAGAGGUUUAUCUUGACGGAGCAGGCUAAGAUUAUUGAGGUUUUCAAGGGGCAGGGUGAUUUGAAGCCUAUUAAAGAGUCAGACCCGACAUUCUGA